UGUCUGUCAACGAAAAGUCAAUCGGAACGGGGGAGCGUGUGCCGAUUUGCUGAAGGAUCAAAAAACUACCUUCCCAUUUUGCAAUCACCUUGAACAGACAAAUAAACUAUAUUAAAUCAUGUCUGUGGCACUCCGCGGUUUGUUGAGGGGCGCAGCCAGGAGGGUCCAAGUCCGCACCUUCGCGGCGGAGGCCCCCAAAGAAACUGUCAAAGAGGGCGAGAUGGCCCUCACCUUCGCCGCUGGUAACAAGGUGUUUUACAACAAGGUGUCAGUGAAGCAGGUUGAUGUGCCAUCCUUCAGCGGAUCUUUCGGUAUCUUGGCCAAGCAUGUCCCCACACUGGCUGUCCUCCGACCCGGUGUUGUGACAGUGGUUGAGAGUGACGGCAAACAGAACAAGAUCUUUGUGUCAUCUGGCACCAUCACUGUCAAUGACGACUCCUCCGUUCAGGUGCUGGCCGAGGAGGCGCACCCGCUGGAGAGCCUGGACCGCGGCGCGGCGCAGGAGGCGCUCAGCAAGGCGCAGUCCGAGCUCAGCUCCGCCAGUGGGGACAAGGCCAAGGCUGAGGCGGCGAUCGCCGUGGAGGUCGCCGAGGAGAUCGUGAAGGCUGCGUCCGCGUAAAGCGGGCAAUUAGCGUUAGUCUAACUCUAUAUAAACUGAACCAUCUUUAAUAUAUGUAUAAUAAACACCUCCGUAGAACAUGUCAACAGUUCUUAUUUAUUGCAUGUCACUACUGUAAAUUAUUUGUUGGUCGAAAUAAAACAGCGAUAUGUAGUUGA